GGGCUGCCAGGGCUGUCAGGAGGGCAGGGCUUUGCUUCCCAGCCACGGGAGGGUCCCCGCUCUGCCCCUCAGCCCUCUGCGCUGUCCCCUGGGCCUGGUGGGAGCGCUUUGGCCAGCACAGCCCGGCCAGCCGAGGGGACAGGCCCAGCCUCGCUGCCUGCCACACGCCCGGGCUCAGCUCUGCCUCUCCCCACCUCCAUGGCCACCACCCCAGGGGUGACAUCUCCCGGCUACAGAGCAGCUCUGGACCUGACCACAGGGGUCCUGGGCCCACCUGACAGAGGGGGUGCCCCUGAGCACGGUCACAUCCCCCCGAGCCCGUCGGCCAUCCCAGGGCAGCCCCCUGUGCCCCCAGCCCCUGGCAGCCCUGCAGUGGCACAGGGUGGGGUGACACACACCAGUCCUGGGUCCCCCCACGUGUCCCCGUCCCCACAGUCUGCCCCAGCCAGUGGCUCUGCAGUGACCCUGCUGUCGGCCCCACUGCCUUCCCCAGGGACCAGCUGGGGCAUUCUGGGGUUCAGCCCCACUGUGGGCGCCCCUCUGGGGGACCCCUCCCCAGGGGUGCCCCACUCCAGCCCAAAGGUGGGUCCUGCUGAGAGCCCUCCAUCCCUGGGGGGGACCCAGGUGGGAGUGGGCAGCCUGGCACCCCCCUCAGCACCGGGGCCUCCCCAGCAGGCAGCUUUGUCCCAGCCUGCAUCUUUCCCGGGACCCACCACUGCUGUUGGUGUCACCAGCACUGGUGCCACUGCCACCAUCACAGCUGCCACCAGCCCAGAAGGGCUCUGGGACACGGGGACGGUCACAGCAGAGCCGCAUCCUGCUGUACCGCAGAGGGAUGUGCAGGGAGUAACCUGGGAAUCCCCAGCUCAGGUGCCCACUGUGAUGCCCGGGUCCCCCCAGCAGCCCCCAGAUUCCCAUGGAAGGGGUCCUGGGUCCCCCCCAGCUGCUGUGGACACCGAGCUGGCCCGGCCAUCGAGCAGCCCCAGAGGGAGGACAGACCCUGACACCCCCCAGGUGACACCGACUGGGGUGGGCAGGGCCCCCCAGGUGUUCAUCGUGGAGGAUCAGCCCCCGCUCCUGAGAGCGCCCCUCCUGCGCAUCCCCUGUGAGCUGGUGCUGGACAUGGCGUUCGUGCCGGCCCUGCAGGACCCCGGCUCCCCCGAGCGCCAGGAGCUGCUGCACAGCUUCAACGAGACCGUCACUCCCCUCUUCGCGCCCGUGCCUGGCUUCCUGCGGCUGGAGGUCACUGGGAUCAGGAAGGGCAGCGUGGUGCUGAGCUACGACGCGCUGUUCGCGGCCGAGCAGCUGCCCGGGCCGGGGCUGGACGAGCUCCUGGAGGCCGCGCUGGGCUCUGCCCGUGCCCGGCCGGGGCUGGCGCUGGGCACGGCCCCCGUCCUGCGCCACGAGGCUCUGGCGCGGCCGCUGGAGCCCUGCGCUCUGCUCUUCACCUGCCCGCCCGGCUUCGCCUGCGCCUCCGGGGCGGACGGGAACGCGACCUGCACCUCCCUGUGCCACCGCGCCUACUGCAAGAACCACGGCAUCUGCUCGCACGGCCGGGAGCAGCCGCCCCGCUGCCAGUGCCCCGUGGGCAGCGAUUUCUGGUUCAUGGGGCUGCGCUGCGACUACCGGGUGACGCAGCAGGGCCUGCUGGGCACGGCGGCCGGGGUCCUGCUCAGCAUCGUGCUCCUGGGCGCCGUGCUCGCCGCCCUCGCCGUGCGCCGCUUCAAGGCGCUGCUGCUGGAGGCCAGGGCCGACCAGACCCGCAGCAGCUACCGCCGUUUCUGCCGCCUGGACGAUGUCUCGGCCCAGUACUGGUCCCGCUCGGGGCUGCCCUCGGCCAGCUCGCUGGACAACCCGGCCUUCAGCAACUCGGAGGAGCUGCUGCAGCUGCAGGUGCUGGACAGCGGCUGCCGCGGCUGCCGGGGGGACUCGGCCGGAGCCAAGCGGGGCCCGGGGCCCUGUGCCCACCCACAGUGCCAGCCCAGUUUCCAUUACGAGUGGGACACCAGCUCCAGCAGCAUGAAUGACCCUAUGGUGGACUCCGGCAAAGCCAGCGACAUCUCGGUGUCGAGCUGGCCCAUGGAGCCCAUCCAGUGGGCUCCCUUCCCUCUGCACCAGCUCUCCAGGCAGCGGCCGCACAAGGCGCGCUGGCCGCGGUCGCUCUGCGAGGGGCUGGAGCUGGGCACGCUGGAGCGGAGCUGGACGGCCUGAGCCCACGGAGACAGACGGACACGAGGUUCAGCUUUAAAACCAACCACAUUUUAUUUCCACGUAACGAGCUCAGUGAAGGAAUCCACACACUUGGACGAUACAAUCAACGCGGGUGCGACGUCAGUGAUGUCAGUCCCAGCGGGGCAGGGCCCGGCGAGCCCCGGCUCCCGUCCGCGCCUCGCACGCUCUGGCUGGGACUGCGGCUCCAGAGCAGGCAGAUACAGAGAGGUGUCAGGACACAGUGCUGGCAUCCACCAGGUCGUGACUUUUGGGGGCAGUCCGGGCAGAAAGGCUGGCGGCUCUGGAGGGCACGUCGGGCUCCGGACGCAGCGGCUCUGCCACGCCGCGGGGAGGGAGGGAGACACACGAAAGCGCUGCUGCGUCGUUCAUCAUGAUUCAUGUCAAUGAGGUAUCAACACCAGGAUGUUGUAAGCAUUAAAGUUUAUUUUCCAAAACGCUCUCCUUAUUCGCACGUGUCCUCUGGAGCAUCGAGCUGGGCACAAAUGGUGGGGGCUGGAAAUGGGGCGCUGUACGGAGGGCGAGGGCAACGGGGUCCCAAAGGUGCUCGGAUAGAAAAGGAAAAGCAAGCUGCAGUUCUACACUUAGACUCUCAUAGUCUCAGAGGGGGCACGUUGAGGGAGAUUUUUGCUAGAAUAAAAUGCAGAUCUCUUCAUAAAAAAAUCAGUUUGCUAAAAGAAAACUCAACCUAUGGGAAUACAGAGCUAUCGGAUCGGUCGAUAUUCUCAUCGUAUAGAAAACAGCCUACAAAUAAAGUCACAAAAAAUAGACAGUUAUAUGCUGAGCAGCCAAAAACAUCAUGAUUUAUUAAUAUCUGGAGAAACUUCAUAAUUCAAACACAACCAAACUGUACAUUUUACAAUCACAUUCUAUUUGUAAACAGUUAAAAGCCACUGACUUCUUUUGCAUCUUCGGACACAAACAUUAGAAUCAAGGCAAUGAAAUGAUGGCGAUUUCUGCACUGUUAAAAUUUUUACCCUUGCCUAGUCUGGAAUUCACGGACUAAACAAGCAUUCAAUAAUACCUUUUGUGGCAAGAGGAUGUAACUCGUUCACUUUUG